AUGAGUGAAAGAGAUCAAUGUGUAACGAUGGCUCAAAUUCUUGGCCAAACACCAAGCAAGGCCAAAGAAAUGGUUAAUUAUAUGAAACGUGCAGUAGAGUUAAAUCCAAUUUUGGAUACUUCCGAGAGAACUUUGUUAUCAGUUGGAUAUAAAAAUUUAAUUACUUCACGCCGUCAAGGAAUAAGACAUUUAAUGCAGCAAGAAGAUGAAAUGGAGGGAUUAACAGUUCCUUGCAAAGAGAGAAUCCAAAAAAUCAAAGAAGAGCUUAUUAACGAAUUAGUUGGAUUUUGCACUGAAUUAAUAAAUCUCGUUGAUGAAGUUAUUUUACCAAAAGUCGAAGACCCUGAGUCUGUUGUUUUUUAUCAGAAGCUCAAGGCUGACUUUUAUCGUUACAUAUGCGAAGCUCAAACAGGACAUGACCUUGAAUUAUCAUUAGAAAAUGCUACAAAGUCUUACAAAAAGGCUCUUGAAGUUUCCAAACAGAAUCUUCAAUCAUAUUCACCAACUUCUUUAGGUUUAAUACUCAAUUACACUGUAUUUUUAUUCGAAAACGCUAAAAAACAAACAGAUGCAGUUAGAAUUGCACAAGAAACAUACCAAACAUAUGCUCCAAUUAUUGAGCAAAAUUCCGAAAAAUCAAGAGAGGAAGCUGCCCAAAUUAUUAAACUUCUCGACGAAAACAUAAAACUAUGGGAGUCUUCUCUUGAGGAAACCGACUCAGAACCAGUUAAUGAAUAA